AAGAUGGACCCCUCGUCUGGCAUCCAGGAGCCUUUCGACUUGAUUCGACUGUCUCUCAGUGAACGAGUAUUUGUGAAACUUAGGGGAGAUAGAGAACUUACAGGCAUCCUCCAUGCUUACGAUGGACACAUGAACUUGAUUUUGAGUGAUGUCGAGGAGACCAUUAUGAUUGUAGAGCAGGUCGAAGGUGCACCAGAAGGACAGAGUACCGUAAACAUUGCCAAACGCAAGAUGAAUAUGCUAUUUGUACGAGGAGAUGGUGUCAUUCUCGUCUCUCCGCCGUCUCGAACGUGACCUACCUCGUUCAAAUUGUUGCUAUGUCCGGCUAAAAUCUUGCCAAUAUACUUUUCGGCAAGGGCUUGGACUAGUUAAAGCAUUGCUGCAGAGCUCAGUGUAUUAACCCUAUUGCUACAGGAAAGAGCAUUGUAAUUAUACAGCCAUCAUUUCAUAUGAAUCUGCAAGAUGAAACCAC